AUGAGCAGUAGGAGCAUGAGCAGUGGGAACAUGAGCAGUAGGAGCAUGAGCAGUGGGAACAUGAGCAGUGGGAACAUGAGCAGUGGGAACAUGAGCAGUAGGAGCAUGAGCAGUGGGAACAUGAGCAGUGGGAACAUGAGCAGUAGGAGCAUGAGCAGUAGGAGCAUGAGCAGUGGGAACAUGAGCAGUGGGAACAUGAGCAGUGGGAACAUGAGCAGUAGGAUCAUGAGCAGUGGGAACAUGAGCAGUAGGAGCAUGAGCAGUGGGAACAUGAGCAGUGGGAACAUGAGCAGUGGGAACAUGAGCAGUGGGAACAUGAGCAGUAGGAUCAUGAGCAGUGGGAACAUGAGCAGUGGGAACAUGAGCAGUGGGAACAUGAGCAGUAGGAUCAUGAGCAGUGGGAACAUGAGCAGUAGGAGCAUGAGCAGUAGGAGCAUGAGCAGUGGGAACAUGAGCAGUGGGAACAUGAGCAGUGGGAACAUGAGCAGUGGGAACAUGAGCAGUGGGAACAUGAAAAAUAGCAAGACAAGCAGAGGCCAAAAACACAUAUAUGAGAUCCCCGACAGUGAUUCAAGUAAUCAGUGA